AAACGCUUGAGCGAAACAGGUUAGUCUUAUGCUCCUCUCAGAACAGCCCAAGCUGGUGCAGAGGUGGCUUCAGUGUUUGGAAUAUCUUGUUUAAAAGUUUACCUUCUUUAAUUGAUAUCUUCUUUUCAUUACCAAUAUGAUAUAUGAGAUAUCUUGAAAAUACCGUUGAUAUUACGCAAUUAGUAGAGGCACUACUCUUUCCUUUGUAAUACCCUAAAGUCGGUAGCGACCUAGCGACUCCACUGUUGCUUGGAGUACAAGAUGAGAAUACGACAGACAUCUCAUCCACAAUAACCAAUACUAACAAACGUCUUCAAUUGAACACAAAUGUUAUAAGCCUCAGCAAGUGCUGACCUCGGUACACACUCAAUCAAGGUUCCAGUCAUGCUGCAUCCCCCUUUUCAUCCUCAACCGCCAUCAUGACACGCCGCACGUACAAUAUCGCCAUGGUUAGCGACUUCUUCUUCCCGCAACCAGGAGGCAUCGAGUCUCACAUUUACCAACUCGCUACGAAGCUUGUCGACCGUGGCCACAAAGUCAUCAUCAUAACUCAUGCCUACGACGACCGGAAGGGCGUGCGGUACCUCACAAACGGCGUCAAGGUCUAUCACGUUCCUUUCCUCGUCAUCUAUCGUUCAGCAACAUUUCCAACGGUCUUUUCAUUCUUCCCCAUUUUCAGAAAUAUUUGCAUUCGUGAGCGCAUCGAGAUUGUGCAUGGCCAUGGCAGCCUCAGCAGUCUAUGCCAUGAAGCUAUCUUGCAUGCUCGUACCAUGGGGUUACGUACUGUUUUUACAGAUCAUUCACUCUUUGGCUUUGCCGACGCUGGAACAAUUCUCACAAACAAGCUCCUCAAGUUUACUUUGAGUGAUGUUGAUCAUAGCAUUUGUGUCAGCCAUACAUGUAAGGAAAACACGGUCCUUCGCGCAUCACUCGAUCCAGUAAUGGUCUCUGUGAUACCAAACGCUGUUGUUGCAGAAAAUUUCCGUCCCAAGGACGUCCCAGCCUCACCGUCUCCCCAGGCCACGAUUUUUGGCUCAGAAGGACCUGUCUAUCCUCCACCUCAGCGUAUCGGACCUCGCGAUACCAUCACAAUCGUCGUUAUUUCGCGCUUGUUCUACAAUAAAGGCACUGACCUCCUCAUUGCCUCUAUUCCACGUGUGUUGGAAAAUCAUCCAAACACCCGCUUUAUCAUUGCAGGCUCUGGCCCUAAAGCCAUCGACCUUGAACAAAUGAUCGAAACAAACGUGCUCCAGGAUCGUGUCGAGAUGCUCGGUCCCAUCCGUCACGAAGAAGUUAGAGAUGUUAUGGUUCGAGGCCACAUCUACCUCCACCCAUCUCUUACUGAGGCUUUCGGAACUGUCAUUGUUGAAGCCGCCAGCUGCGGGCUUUAUGUCGUGUGUACACAGGUUGGCGGCAUCCCAGAAGUCCUCCCCUCGCAUAUGACGACAUUCGCCAAACCAGAAGAAGACGAUAUUGUCCUCGCCACAAGCAAAGCCAUCAGUGCGAUGCGUGCCGGAAAGAUUCGUACCGAGAAAUUUCACGAGCAAGUCAAAAAGAUGUACUCAUGGCAAAAUGUCGCUCUGCGCACGGAGCGCGUCUACGACGGCAUUUCGGGCACCAUCCCCGAGGACGAAUUCUAUGGUGUUGAUACAUCAGGCUACGGUAGCCGUAUACGCAAUUUUGCUCUUAUAGAUCGUCUAAAGCGCUACUAUGGUUGUGGUAUCUGGGCUGGAAAGCUCUUCUGUCUUUGUUGUGUUGUGGAUUACCUCUUUUUUCUGUUUCUAGAGUGGUGGUUUCCGAGGGACAACAUUGAUAUAUGCCCCGACUGGCCUCGCAAGAGACCUGCCGAUGAUGAUGCAAGUUCCAAGAAGGGUGCACAUAGUAAUCGGUCAAGCACAUCACAAGGGGCUCCGAAGCUCGAAUAAUUCCGGCACUUUCGACCUGAUGAUGGUAUGAUGACACUCGAAUAUUGGCAAAGGCGCAGGGAGUUUACCGCAGUGUGAUCGGGCAUGUCACCGACCCAUGAUAAAGGUAUGAAUUACG